UAUGUCAGCUGCAAGUUAUCUUCAUGGAUGACGGUCUUGGUGCGAAAAUAAAAAUUGUCCCAGAUUACUUUCAAGUUUCAGCUUCUAGUGAAGACACUCCUCAAAGGAGUACUUCAUCUGAUCAAGUUUCAACUAGUGAAGACACUCCUAUAAGGAGUGCUUUAUCUAAUCUGCAGCCCAGAAUUGAUAAUCAGUCGUGGUCCCGUAGCCCUUCGUGGACCGGAAGAAAAUUGAAAAGGGCUGCAUUAAUGUUGAAUUUCUUUAGUCUACGGAGUUUGCCAUGGAGUUCUGGAAGUGGUUCGGAAAAGAUCGAGUUGACUAGGGCUGAGUUAGAAUCCCUUAGAUCUGAACUUGCUGAUAUAGAAGAGAGAGAAGCUCAUUUAAAAGCACAGUUGGAACAUGUUGAUGAAAUUCUUCGAUCCGCUCGCUUGUCAGGAUAUUUGCACAUAAGAACUAGAUGGGCAGCUUUACCUGGAGAACCUCCGCCACUUGAUGAUACGGAAGUUGAUGAUUGGCUUCCGCGCUUUCUUGUCCUUCACGGGCAUUGCAUCUUCUUUUAUUUAUUGUCCACAGAUAUGAGUCCUCAGGAUUCCACUCUGCUGCCUGAUGUCGUUGAAGUGAGUUCUUUGCCAAGCUUUACACGAGAAGAUGAUCAAACAUGGUAUUCCUUCUAUAUUUUGACUCGUCAUGGACUGCGGUUUGAGUGCUCGAGUACUUCUAAAAUACAGGUGGAUUCAUGGUUAACAGCUUUACAAACUGACUGCAAGAAAGCUACAGAUGGUUAGAGUAAAAUGUAAAUAAAUGACACAUUUUCAACUGGCAGCUGUACAUAACCCAAAAUUUGUUUAAUUUAGAUGUAAUUAACUUAUUCAUUGUACAUAGAAUAAACAAGUAGGAAUUGGAAUUGAUGUUUUACCACUCAUUAUGGUAUAUAAAUAGAAUUAUUUUUCGCAA